AUGGACUUUUCUGGUUUAUUUAAAUUAGAUGUCCUUUUACAACAAGAUAUAGCAAACCACACUUUUUACGAAGUUGGAUUGAAAAAAUUCCUGGCAGUCUCUAAUAAUAAAGAAUUGAUAUUUUUGUACAUAAAUGCUCAGUCCGAAAGAUUCGAUAGUGUAUAUGACUGGGAUUUUGUUGACAAUCCAGUUUAUUGCAUGUGUUUUGAACCCAGCGGAACUUGGGUUUUGAUUGUCAGUGAUGAAAAAGUAUUGCUAGUGCCAUUUCUACCAUUAUUCAUCCCACAGUACACAUAUGAUUGUAAAUGGUCACUUUCAAGUGUCACAGUUUUACCUCUUCUCGAUAUACCACAACCGACAUCUGUUGUUUGGUGGCUUACAAAGGAAUCUGAAAAUAUUAUUAUCAUAUCGUCUAAGAGUGGAAUAAUAACUUUUUAUUCAUUGGAAUCACAAAGUGUUGUUGGUGAAACAAGAGUGUCGGGGGAAGUUAUAGAUUUACAAAUUUGUUUCGACGAUUCCCUUGACUUACUGGCUCUUCUGAUUUCCAAAGGACCCACACAGCAAUGGAAAUUGGUAUUAGAACAUAGAUCCCUCGGAUAUAACUGGCUUCAACAAAUCAGAGCUCAGAGCGAUAGAAAGGAUGGGUUCAUGUCUUAUAUCAAACAGUUGUCCAAAGACAAAAUAACAUUCUUUACACAAGGUGGAUCUAAAGGUGAUACAAAAAUUCAGACGGUCGAGUAUUUAUUGAAGCCAACUGAAUAUUUGCCUACAUUUCGUAAGAACUCAAACAGUUGGGCAUUAACAGCACAAUAUGUGAAUGGAAGACAUUUCUUGACAGCUUUUGAAUUAAAUGAAGGAAUUAUAAUUCUUGAAAGUCCAGCAGAAGAUACACCAUCGAGAACUCUAAGGCCUAAUAUAAAAAACGAUGGCACAUACACACAAGGAUUGUGGUCGCAGAAAAUAAUAUAUUUGUUGAAAAAAAAUCAUUUGGAGAUACACAGUACGCAAUUAUCACAGACUCAGGGUGAAGUAUUGUUAGGAGUGAAGAAAGAUAGUACAAUGCUUUGGUCGGCAGAUAUGAUUGGCGAUGUAAAACGGGCUUAUUUAAUGUCUGCUAAGGAACCAGGGUCAUUAGCUGGUGGAUGGAGAGUACCAACUUUCAUGUCGGAUUUGCAAUUGCCAAGAUUCAUGCUCGAACCAUGUCUUAUUAUAACCACAAAUGGUGCUUUUGUUUUAAAUACAGUGAGUUCUCCAUGCGAGUGGCUGGUAGGUCUGAUAGUUCGUGGCGGUUCGUGUGCCGAACAGUCGUGUGCUGCUCUCGGUACAGCUGUGCCGCCGCUGCUGCGGGCCGCUGCUGAUCUGCUGCUGGCUCGCGGCAAGAUAGCUCCAGCACACUAUCUCUAUUCGUUAUCUCGAAGUCCGGCAGAUGGUUGGGUAGCUCGCCUGGGUGUGUUCGGUCGUCUUCACGAAUUGUCGAUGUACAAACAAGCGGCCAACGUGGGAAGUCUGGGCAAUGCGGCAAUCACAGCCAAAUUAUUGGCCUUGCUUCUUAAGAUUGGCACUAAUUGUGAAGAUAAUUUUGAUAUGGAUGUUAAAUUCACAAACUUAAGUCCUGUGGAAUUUCAAGAGCUGUCGUGUGUAGCUGCGUGUAUAGGACUGUGGGAGUUUGUUCCUAUAUUCAGUAUCCACAGAGGAAACCCUAUUCUACUAUUGAAUGCCAUCAAAUCUAAAAGCGUUAUUUGCCGUGGAGCAAUUGUUGCCCUUUUGAAUCAAAAGUGCCUUGUACCUGUGUUACUUGAAGAAAAUGGCCAGUGGUUUUUUGAUUUCAUCGCUGAGAAAUGCAACAAAUUUGAUACUAUUAUAUUAAAGCGUUUGUGUCUAUGGUUGAAUCCACUUCAGGAUCAGUUGAGACCUGUCAUGAGAGAUCUUAAACAAGGAAUAACAUCCAUAUAUACGACUAGAAUGCUUCAGUUGAUAAACACAUUUAUGAAUAUAGCGUGUGUGUUAGAAUCACGUGACCCUAGAUUGGAUAUACAGACUAAUUUAACUCUUCAACCUGGUACAUGGGUCAGUUCGUUCACACCGAGAAGAUCUUUGAACUGUGGGCUUGGACAUUGGGGAUUGACUGAUGACGGAAACGCUAAAAUAAUGGCUGCAAACACACCAGUAAAUACGGAGUUAAUAGGGAAAAUUGUGGAUAUAGCCUGCGGAAGACAUCACACGCUAUUGUUGACCGAGAAUGGGAUAUAUUCUGCUGGUGAUAAUAGCUACGGUCAGUUAGGUGUUGGUUGUCGGUGGGGCGGAGCGAUUGGUGAUGCGGCCAUUGCUUCAGGGGAGCUAAUACAUGUUUCAUAUAAUUGGACGGCGCCUAUCAUUGUAAUAUCAGCUGGUCACUAUCACUCAGCGGCGGUAGAUGCCGGCGGAAGGCUCUAUACUUGGGGCGUCCAUGGACAAUUAUGUCUAGGCAGCGUUGACGAUCAAUACAGUCCACGAUUGGUUACAAAGUUGCAAGGAAGAAAGGUGCUGAACGUGGGCUGUGGUUCAUGUCAUACCGUGGUUCUGAUGAAGAACGGUGAAGUUUGGUCGAGUGGUGCCGGAGUGUUCGGACAACUGGCCGCCGGGUCAAGGGAAAAAAGUUCACUACCACUGAGAGUCCUCAUACAAGAUGCUGUGGAUGAUAUUGCUGUUGGAUACUUCCAUAAUCUAGCGUUGACCAAUAAGAAUCAGUUAUGGUGUUGGGGUUCGAGUCCACAGCAGCUUCGAGCGGCAAGUGCAAGACGCAACGAAGAAGACAACGAAGACUCAGACAGACAUCUAGCGCCGAGACUAGUGGAUACUAGCAACGUGAGAGGGAGGAUAGUUAGAAUAGCAGCCGGUUGGCACCACUCCUGUAUCAUUGACAAUACGGGUACACUGUAUACAUGGGGCCUCAACUUCGAUGGUCAAUUAGGGACCGGAGAUCGUAAGCAAGUUAAAAUACCUGUUGAAGUUAAAAUUCCUAUCGAAAACCAAAGGGAACCGAAAUCACCGGAUAAAAUAGAUCCCAAAGAAAAUACUAAAUGUUUGGUCGCUUGCGGCGGAGACUUCACUAUAUUCAUAGAUGACAAUGGAAAGAUUUAUUCUACAGGAAAUAUGCACUUACAGGGUAACAAUGAAUUGGAGAAACUUAAUAAUAGGAUCAUAAUGAUGAAGACUACGAAGAGGGUUAUCAAAAUACCGGCCGUGAGAAAUACUAAGAAGUUCGUAUUUCAAGCAAUAGACUCUAUAGAUAUCAUGUUCCCAUUCGACAUUGAUGACAUCACAAGGAAAGAUAUUGAACCGAGAAAGAAUCCUUUAAAUAAUAUAUCAGAUUUCCAGAACAAAACCUGGGCUGAUGACAUGAUACUACUUCUAAAACCAUGGAUCAACGAAGAAAUACUAUCCACAAAUAAAAAUAUGGCCGCGAAAUUGGCAUAUCAUAAAGAGAAACACUCAGAUUGUUUGAGAUUUAUGCUAGAGAAUCUUAAAAAUGAAGUGCAAAGGGACAAAUUAUAUCUGACGCAUCAAGAUACGGAGGAGAAAAAUGUAUCUGUAAAGAAAGAUGAACUGAAAAUAAUUAUCACCAACAUAAUAUCUAAACGUAUAAAGGAUAUAUCUUUGACGAUUUUAAACGAAGAGCCCUACCCGGUGAUAGAACCAAAUAUAUAUCAAACAUUGCCAUGUUGUUGUGACGAAAUGAAAUACACGAGGAAGAAUACAUCUGAAGUGAUGACAAAAACUAAAGAUCUUUCUAAAGAGGCGGCAGUAAUUAUAGACAAAUGUAUAAGCAUUUUCCCAGUCGACAGUGUACUUUGGGAACAAUGUUUCCGUCUAGCCAAAGAUUAUUACCUAGAAAAUGAUCUGAAUGUUGCUGAAUUGGAAACGGUUUUACGUAAAUACAUGGAAACCAACGCGACUACUAUGGCGGCAGCUAUAAUGUAUUCUAAUGACUGCGCUCAAUACAGCGAAAUAUUAUCCCCAAAAUUCUACUUGAAUAUGUGCAGUGAUAUAUUAGAUACAUGGGGUUGA